CACAACCACAUCGUCCACCACCACAUCAUGCCUCCAGCCAAGAAGCGCAAGACGCGAGCAAGCGCCUCCACCGAAGAGGUGAGGGAUGCCGAUCAAUCUAUGACGAAAGAGGAAGAGCCCAAGGAGAAGCCCGCGAUGAAAGAUGACGCACCAAGCAAAGAAUUUGAGAUCACUGCACCUGCCGAAGCCCCUAUAUCGACCGACGACGCCCUAGCCAAAGCCAAGGAAAGACAAGAGCGCUUCAAGGCGCUCCAGGCUCGUGCGAAGUCCUCUGCUCAGAAGAAUAUGAAAGAAGCUGCCCUCGAGUCGCAACGACUCGCCACCGACCCCAACCUCCUCACGACACUAAACCGCAAGCAUGCGACUGCGUCCCAGAAACUCCUCAAGGCAGAUAUCGAGGCUGCAGGUGAAGACUUUGAAAGAAAGCGUGCUUGGGACUGGACAAUCGAGGAGAGCGAGAGGUGGGACAAGCGACUCAAAAAGAAAGAGUCACAUCGCGACGACCAGGCUUUCCAAGACUACCGACAGGAUAGCAGGAAGGUAUACAAGCGACAGAUUGGAAAUAUGAAGCUGGAUACGAGCAACUACGAGAAGGAAAAGAUGGCUGCGAUUGAGCGAGCUGCUGCCUCAGGUGGUCUGGAGAUUGUGGAGACCGACGACGGAGAAUUGGUCGCUGUCGACAAGGAAGGCUCGUUUUACUCUACCGCCGACUCCACUGGCUUUGUCGAAAACAAGCCUGACAAGGCUGCAGUGGACCGACUGGUGGCCGAUCUACAACAGGCUGAAGAUGCGAGGUUGAAGAAGAGAAAGGAACGCGGGCAGGAUCGCGACGAGGGCGAUAUCACAUACAUUAAUGAGAAGAACAAGAACUUCAACCAGAAACUGAACAGAUUUUACAACAAGUACACGGCCGAGAUUCGCGACAGUUUUGAGCGUGGAACGAUGAUAUGAAGGUCACGGGUUGUAUUAAAGUGGGAUAAAUUGGUUAUGGUGUUAAGAUUUACAUGGUGUUGGUACAGGUCAGGCGGCUGCCUUUAGUCAGGAUG